AUGCGGAUCAAUACACUGUCGUUGUUUUCCCUAGUGAGCCUGUUACCUACCCUUGCGGUGGCCAGCCUUUCAGGAUCUGUGGGACCAUUAACACCGGCUUCGACUAAAGCCGCCACGAAGACUUGCAAUGUUCUCGAUUAUGGGGCCAAAGCUGAUAAGACCACCGAUCUCGGGCCUCCUCUGGCAUCUGCGUUCGCCGACUGCAAAUCUGGCGGUUUGGUAUAUGUGCCAUCAGGAGAUUAUGCACUGUCAACCUGGGCCAGACUGAGUGGUGGCAAGGCAUGGGCACUGCAGAUUGAAGGAACCAUCUACCGCACCGGCACGGAUGGUGGAAACAUGAUCUUUAUUGAACAUUCCAGCGAUUUUGAGCUCUUCAGUAGCACAUCGUCGGGUGCCAUGCAGGGCUUGGGCUAUCAAUACCACAAGGAUAACAAAUGGAGUGGGCCUCGCCUCUUGCGACUCUAUGAUGUUACAGAUUUCUCGGUUCAUGACUUUAUCCUUGUCGAUGCCCCUGCUUUCCACUUUUCCCUGGAUACUUGCACCAACGGCGAAGUAUAUAACAUGGCAAUUCGUGGUGGUAACCACGGAGGCUUGGAUGGUGUUGACGUUUGGUCAACGAACGUCUGGAUUCAUGACAUCGAGGUAACGAACAAGGAUGAGUGUGUCACAGUCAAGAGUCCUUCUAAGAACAUCUUGGUUGAAAAUAUCUACUGCAACUGGAGCGGUGGAUGCGGUAUGGGCUCUCUUGGAAAGGAUACCGAUAUCAGUGAUAUCACUUACCGGAACAUCUAUACCUGGAACUCCAACAACAUGAUGUUCAUUAAGAGCAAUGGUGGUAGUGGCUCCGCGACUAAUCUGCUGUUUGAGAACUUCAUCGGCCACGGAAACGCCUACUCGUUCGAUAUUGACAGUUACUGGGCCAGCAUGAGCUCUCAGGGUGGAAAUGGUGUCGAACUGAGCAACAUCACUCUCAGAAACUGGAAGGGUACUGAGGAGAAUGGCGCUGCAAGAGGCCCUAUCAAGAUUGUUUGCCCAGACGGUGCCCCUUGCUAUGAUAUCACGAUUGAGGACUUUGCCAUGUGGACCGAGGACAGUUCCAGGCAGCGGCAAUGGUACUCUUGCCGCAACGCUUAUGGCACUGGAUUUUGUCUUAAAUCAGGCUCCAGUCAUGUUGCUUAUGAAGCGACCACGACUACAGUCUCCAGCGCCCCAUCUGGCUAUUCGGCGGCAACAAUGGUUGCCGAUCUCAAAACGGACUUCGGUAUUACAGCCUCCAUUCCAAUUCCGACCAUUCCCACCUCCUUCUACCCUGGAGCGACUCCGUAUAGUGCUUUGAUGGCCAACAAAGGCUCGACAGCGAAGGUCCGAGCGGUUGUGGCGUCCUCUAAGCCGGCAACGGUUGCUGAGGUGACCUCCACCACGGCCGAGCAGCAGGCGUCCACUAGCACACCAGCUCCUACUGUGGCCAGUGAGCAGCCUUCCCAACAAUCUGAGCAGCAUUCCUCUGGACAAUCUGCCGGUGAGGUUGGUGGUUGCCCUGUCAGUUUCAAACUGUCUCGAUUUGUCUCGUCGGUCCCCAGUAACAAGGUUUUGUACCUGAUUGAGCCUUAUCAGUUCCUGCCCGCUGCCGGAAUGGGUUCUCCCCAAGCUGCAGAUAGCUCCCCGCCGGACGGCACAGGUGUUAUAAAGCUGGACCCUUGGCUAGAGCCUUUUCGGGAUGCUUUGAAGCAAAGGUUCAGUUUUGUCGAAGGCUGGGUGAAAGCCAUCAAUGAGACAGAAGGAGGUCUUGAAACGUUUAGCAAGGGUUACGAGAGGUUUGGCCUCAACGUUCAAUCCAACGGUGACAUAGUGUACAGAGAAUGGGCUCCAAAUGCUGUGCAAGCGCAGUUGGUCGGAGAAUUCAACAAUUGGGACGUGACGGCCCACCCAAUGACAAAGAAUGACUUUGGCGUCUGGGAGGUUACGGUGCCGGCAGUUAGCGGCUCUCCAGCUAUCCCCCAUGAUAGCAAGAUCAAGAUAUCAAUGGUCACCCCCAGUGGAGAGCGAAUCUAUCGGAUCCCAGCGUGGAUCAAGCGUGUGGUGCAAGACCUCAAUGUGUCACCUACAUAUGAGUCGGUCUUCUGGAACCCUCCAGCCGAAAAGCAAUAUAAGUUUCAGCAUCCCCGCCCUAAGAGGCCUGAAAGUCUCCGAAUUUACGAAGCGCAUGUGGGGAUUUCAUCACCAGAAACUAAAGUCGCAACCUACAAAGAGUUCACUUCCAAUAUGCUCCCUCGGAUCAAAUAUCUAGGGUACAAUGCAAUUCAGCUAAUGGCCAUCAUGGAGCACGCUUACUACGCCAGCUUCGGAUACCAAGUCAAUAACUUCUUCGCAGCGAGCAGCCGCUAUGGUACACCUGAAGACCUAAAGGAGCUCGUCGACAAAGCCCACAGCAUGGGUCUAGUGGUACUCCUCGAUGUCGUCCAUAGCCAUGCAUCGAAGAACGUUCUCGAUGGAUUGAACAUGUUCGACGGCACAGACCACCUAUACUUCCACGGUGGUGGGAAGGGUCGACAUGAGUUGUGGGACAGCCGAUUGUUCAACUAUGGCAAUCAUGAGGUUCUGCGCUUCCUUCUGAGCAACUUGCGCUUUUGGAUGGAGGAGUAUGGCUUUGAUGGUUUCCGCUUCGAUGGUGUCACAAGUAUGCUUUACACCCAUCACGGAAUUGGAACACGCCAUGGCGAGAAGACAAUUGCCUACGCAGAAAGCCACGAUCAAGCGCUUGUUGGCGAUAAAACCCUCAUGAUGUGGCUAUGCGAUAAAGAAAUGUACACACACAUGUCCGUGCUGACAGAGUUCACUCCCAUCAUCGAACGAGGCAUGGCCUUGCACAAGAUGAUCCGACUAGUCACGCAUGGUCUCGGAGGUGAAGGCUACCUCAACUUUGAGGGCAACGAGUUCGGACACCCGGAAUGGCUCGACUUCCCCCGAGAAGGGAAUAAUAAUUCCUUCUGGUACGCACGACGCCAGCUAAAUCUGACCGAAGACCACUUACUACGGUAUAAAUUCCUUAAUGAAUUCGACCGUGGGAUGCAAUUGACGGAAGAAAAAUACGGGUGGCUCCAUUCGCCACAGGCAUAUAUCAGCCUGAAGAACGAAGCCGACAAGGUCCUCGUCUUUGAGCGGGCAGGUCUUCUUUGGAUUUUCAACUUCCACCCAAGCAACAGCUUCACCGACUACCGUGUUGGUGUCGAGCAAGCAGGCACGUACCGCAUCGUUCUCGACACCGAUGACCCAGCAUUCGGUGGUCUGAACCGCAAUCUUAAGGAGACACGGUUCUUUACCACUGAUAUGUCGUGGAAUGGCCGGAGCAACUUCCUCCAAGUCUACAUCCCCACCAGGACCGCACUAGUCCUGGCCCUGGAAGAAACGCUGUAG